AAGAAAACCACAGUUUUAGAACUUCACCAUGGCAAUGUUACUUCUUCAACGAUCUUCUCUUACUAUUGCAAACACGCAACGUCUUUCUAGUUUGAGGAAUACCUUUAUCCUUUCUCGACGACUUUUCUCCAACAAAACUGACCAAGAAACAACCAUCUAUACAGGACCUUUAUCCGGUGUGGCCAAAAAACUUAAACUGUUUUCUGUGACAUCUCUUGGUUUAGGUUGUGGUAUAUCACCUUUUGUAUAUAUUAUUGAUGUUCCUGUACCAUUGAUUGCUAAGACUGCACUUGUGGGUGCCGCUAUUGCUACUAGUGCUGCUUCCACAGGAUUGAUUCAAUGGGUUAUGUCUCCAUACGUUACAAAGAUCACAACGAACAAUGCCUCUGAUCCAAAAGAAUUGACUAUUCAUACUCUCUCCUUUCUUGCCAAGGAUCAUAUUACCAAGGUACCAGUCAAUGCUUUGGUUCCUUCUACUCGUAUUUUCACAAGUCUUAUGGUAUCUGAUAUGGAACAAACCAAAGGAUUUAUCAACAAUAAAUCUGCCAAACCCAAAGCUCUCUUCUAUAUCCAUCCUGAAAUCUGUCAAGACGAAGGUUCUUCCAUUAAGAAGGUCAUAGAUCAAACUGGUGUUGGCCAAGGUUUUUAAUAUAAUGUAUAUGUAGUAUAGAUAUUUUUUUUAAUAGUCACCAUCAUCAUUUUUUUUUCUUUUUUAGAAUACACUUUAUAGUUUAUAUUCAUACUCCAUCUUUUUCUUCACCACUCUUCUUUUUCUUGAUCGAAUAAAAAAAAAAAAAAAGUAGAUU